GCUUCUCGCGCCUAAAUCAUUUUGCAUAUUUUUAGGAAUGAUUGUCAGAAUAUAAACCCUUGAACCCGACAAUCUACACAGAACAGACAGUAAGCAAUCUAGCAGGCAAAAAGCGAUCAUGUCGAGCACAGGAGCAGCUCGGGUUGCGCCCAUGGGGGAUGAAGUUCCGAUCCUCGACAUGAAAUCAAAGCUUUAUCGAUUCGAUAAGGAUGGGAAUCAGUGGAAAGAACGAGGCGCUGGUACUGUGAAGCUGUUGAAGCACAUGGAGACCAGCAAGGUGCGCCUCGUUAUGAGGCAAUCCAAAACAUUCAAGAUCUGCGCUAACCAUCAUGUGCUGCCGACAAUGACAGUGCAGGAGUAUGAUGGGAAUGACAAGUCAUGCGUGUGGCACGCAACUGACUUUGCCGAUGGUGAAUUGAAGGAUGAAUUCUUCUGCAUUCGUUUCACAUCUGUUAAGUAUUGCAAAGACUUUAUGAAAAUAUUCCAAGAAGUUGCUGAAUCUCAAAAGAACAGAGAGGAACAAGAAGUUGCUGAAUCUCAAAAGAACAGAGAGGAAAACAAAGAUGUAACUGCAGCUGCUGGACUUUUUGAGAAGUUGAGUCUUGAGGAGAAGAAAACCGAAGAUAAGGAUGCAAAGGAUGAUGUAAAAGCAUAUUUUGGAUCAUGUUUUGGGCAGGGACAGCUGUGGUCUAGCAUGUCCUCUCUGGGUGUAAAAAAAAUUGGGGCUUUGCUCGGUCCAUGCUUGUUUCCAAAAACCCAGUAAAGAAGGUAAUAAUAUUUUUGGGGUAUAAAUUUGUGAAGCUGUGUUGUGUUGUGUCUGGAUUUCUUUAUGUUUAAGAUAUUAAAGAAGAGAUUGUCAGAAACAUCAAUUUAUAAGACUGCUUUGUGAAAGGAGAUUUUAGAAGGAAUAUGAACUUAUGCCCUGUUUAUAUUUGGUUUACGGUAAAUGAUUCCCUUGUCAUAGAUAUUUUCUGUAGAAAAGAAAUUGUUAUAACUAUU